ACUUCGGGUAGGACAGCUUAUAUAUGUUAUGUAUGUUUAAUGCCAAUUUUUUAUUUUUUAUUUUAUCUAUUAAAUUAAAUAUAAAUUUUAUUUUUUAAUCUUGCUUUCCGUUGUUUAAAUAAUGCCUUUUUCUUUCGUGCUUCAGAUGUAUAUCUGAUAUAUCUCAACCAAUCCGUUUCCAUUUGAGAGGCAUAAUUGUCGACGAUGCAAUGAUUCGAAAAAUCAAAAGAGGUAUGUACGUUUUAUGUAUGUCUAUUUAUGUCUUAUAUAUGUCUUAUAAUAUUGUAUGUUUGACCAUUGAUUAUAAAUACUAGUAUUUAUGCACUGAAGUGUACACAAUAUUGAUUUCUUCGUUGGCUAUUAAAACUAAACAUUUUCUCUACAAUCACGACACAAAAAAUACGUAGUUACUUAUACACACACUCAUAGAAUACAUACCUUAGACAUAAUCAGAAUUUGCCCAUGACAACCCAGUUAACUAUUAAUAUUUGUUUUUGCAUCCGUAUAUUACUAAGGUACCCCAUGAAUAAAAAAAAUAUCUAAAACCUUGUUUUUAAGGGUGAUAGUGGACCUAUAUCGAAGAAUUUCAUAGAUGUACUAUGUCAGAAACCUCCGCGGGCAUGCUUCCAAUCAUUUCUCAAAGUUUCAUCGCAAUCGGAUGAACGGUUUAGGAAGGUAUAAGAGACAUACAUUAAUCUGUAUACAUACCUACCUAUAUAGAUUGGCCAUCAGACUCUUAUUUUGCAAUCUACAUACCUUUCCAAGUUUUCAGCUUUUUUUUUUCGGUUUUUAUGUUUUUCUUCAUGAGAUAAAUUUUGAAUAAAUCCAAGUAGCAUACUUAUGCCUGACUUCAUGGGGGGAGGGGAUUAAAACUUACAUAUAAGGUGGCAAAAUAAUAUAAACAUGUCCCGAAAAUUCCGUGAGUCAUAGUGAUACCCCAAAAACUACCCCUCAUAAAUAACAAGUCAUUAAUUAACCGGUUGAACACGAUUGGCUAAAAUCACCUAAUUUAACACUGUCUACAUACUGAUAUGUAUUCCGUUUCAAUCCAAAUUUAUCCAGAUAUUAGCAGCACUCAGUGUUAUGAAUCAAGAGCAAUACUGUACAAAUUAUUAUCUUUGUAGGUAGUUUAAUCAUAUUUUUGUAUGUAGAUAGUAGAUACACGUACCGGCAAUUAUUGGCCCGUCCUUAAUUAAAAUCUACAUCUAAUAUUUAUUAACCGUGGUCCUGGCCCGCAUUUUUUCUUAUCGUUUUCAAAUAAUUGUACCACGUCGGUCGUAUUCUCGUAGAACUGAUGGUAGAAUAAAAAUGUAAGAAGUGGACAGCAUGUUUUUGUAAAAAAAAGUCCGGUUCGUAAUAAAUUUAAAAAUGAAAAGCCCAGCCUCAUCCUGGAAAUAAAUGUAAAAAUCCCUGCCGGUACUUUAUUUACCUACUAGGUAACAUAUAGGUAAGUAAUUAUGUAUAUUGUGUAUUAGUAUUAUGUAAAUUAAAACAAAUUACCUACCGUAUGAAUAAUUACUAUAAUUAUUAUAUACCUUUAUGGCUAUAUAUAUACUAUACCAACACAGACGGUCUUGGGAACCAACUGUUUAGGUCCCAAUUUUUUCGAUGAGAUUCAAAUAACCCUUGACUAGUAGACUUUUUCCAUUUUCUAACCUAGCAACUAUACCUAAGUACUAAUUAAUGUGAUAAAUCGGGUAUGUAUUUAAAUUUUACGAUUUAACUAAUACAAGGAACUGAAUAUCACUUGCCACUUACUUAAAUACUAUUCAGUAUACUGGGACAUAUUACAAUUAGUGACGCACUCAGAGGGGCUUCUUACCUCAAGCCCCAAUGAAGGAUUUAAGGAAGCCAAGACACCCUCAACAAAAUCCAAGAUCCAUCACUGUAAAUUGUAUUUUUAUAUUAAUGGGGUAUGCAGGGUCAAUUUAUUGGGCGGGGAGUACUAGCUAUCUAUAUAUAUAUAUAUAUAUAUAGAGGCUUAGAGGGCUAUAAUAUAUAUAUUCGGGUUUACAUUAUAUAAGCUGCAUGUUAUACCUACCAUACUACAGUGUCGCUUAGUAAGUAUACUAAAAUCUAUGAUGAUGUCGAUUGAAUACAUACAUUUCAGGCUUAUUUGUAUCAAAAUUAGCCUGUAUAUGUAUAUUUAUAAUAUUCGCUGCAAAGUGUAUACGCAAUUUCUUUGAGAAGUAUAAUAAUUCGAUCAAACGAAUUAUGUGAAGUCACAUAAUAAUACACACAUGGAUUUAUGAAUGCGUUUAAAUCUCAAAAAAUACUUAACGUUUUAUAUAGUCCAUUUAUUGUAACUAAAGUAUAAAUUAAAAUGUUCACUUCUAAUUAAAAUCUAUCGAGGGCCUCGCAUAGAUAAAAAACUUAAGUUUUUGCAUAUAAGAGCUAUAUAAAUCCUAUUUAUUAAAGCAUAGUUGGGACAUUUGCAAAUUUUUUUUAACAAUUUUCAAAAAGUUAUAAUAAUUAUUAAUUUUGUGUUAUAUUUUUGGAACUUUAAUAACAACAAUUUUUUUUUUUUAAAUUAAAAUGUAAUAUUUUAAUUUUAUUAUGUAAAACAGUAGGUAUUAAUUUAUUUAAUUAAAUAUUAAUAUUAAACAAUAUUUUUAUCGGAAGAGUCACUGUACUGGUAAUUUUUUUCCAGCACCCUGAAUUUUUUAAUUUAAAAGAAAAACAUUUCUCUAUUAACGAUAAUUUUUCUUCGUCUACAAUCCAUACUAAUGAUUAGAUUAAGAACAAUUUUGAAAUUAGGGGUGGACUGUGAAAAUGUACAUAAUUACUAAUAACAACUAUAUACGAUUUAGAUAGGUAUCUAAUUAUAUUUAUUUUAUAAUAAUUUUGUGCACAUUAAUACAUUCAUAACAAACCUUUAUUUUGAUAUGUCUUCAAAAUCGACAUGAAAAUACCGUAAAAUUAAUAUAAUGAAAUAUAAAUAUGUUAAAUACUCGUUUAGGUUCCAAUUUAGUUGUCAAAUUGUUUUAUUUUUAUGUUUGAACCACAAAGUUUUUCAAUAAAAGUAUUUUUUUUAUUAUGUACCUAUUAGCAUUCUUGUAUUCAAACUAGUAUUAUGAUGAGCUAUAAACGAGUUUUACAAGUAUUGUAUAGAAUCUUUAUAACCUACACUUGAUCCUUUAAUAGACGAUGUUAUUGAAAUGUAUACUUACAUAUUUGUUGUUGUCAGCUGUGGUUUUUUUUCAUUGAGAACAAAAUUUAUUCAUCUUACAUCUCAGAUUAUAAAAUAGUUGUUUAUUAAAAUAUGACACAUUACUUACCUAUUUCUUGUUUAAAUGUUUCAAACAAUAAAUACUUACUUGUAAGACGUGUUACCUACUCAUUUUUUAAUUUGUUGGGAAUAUUAUAGAUUUUUUGUGUAGGUAUAGUAUAAUUAUUCUUAUACCACAUAAUGAACACAAUGUAAUAAUAAAAAUAACCGUUAAAUAUCAAUAAUUCACUAUCCUUUUUGACCAACCUGUAAAUGGCGUUUGAUUUCAAUAAUAGAUACAAGUUUGCAUAUUUAGGUAUAGCUAUGCAAAUAAUAUAAUAUUGACCAAUAUAGAUACCUAUGUAAAUAAAACGUUCAGCAAAAAAGUAUUUUUCUAAAUUAUGCACUAGUGAUAGUGACUUGUUAUUAAUUUUAGGAACUAUUACUAACUGGUAUUGUUAUUUUCAAAGUAACAGUUAAAAUAACAGUUACUGAUAUUUUAAAUAUUGGUUUUACUAAGAUGUUUAUUUUUUUUUUUUUUAUCCCGUGUACAAAAAUUCAACUAUAAAUCUUUCUCAGAUAUAUACGUGCGGCACCAUUUUUGAAAGGGAAUGAUGCCCAGAUGGUACUUUUAAAAGGUCGUGUUUUGAUUUUCCAAGCGGUUUUUAUAAUAUCUAGGAAAAACCAGAAUAAAACGUAAGAAAAACAGGAAAUGUACGAAAUGAAUGCUUUUAUUAUUUUAUAAAUUUUGUUAUUUGUUGCAAUUCAGUUAAAAAUAUUCGUAGAGAUUUGAAAUUCGGACAGAAAACUUAUAUUUUCCUUUUCUAGACGUGGUAAAAUUUAAAAAAAAUUUAAGCCACAUUUAAUGUACAACUUUUCUACUAGAAAUGUUGAUCCAAUUUACAAUAAUAGCACUUUUUCUAAAAGUAAAUCUGACUGGGAAGGCACUUUAGGGAGGCCAAGAUAUUUCUUAGCAAAUGUAAUAAUACGAGAAAAGAAGUGGAAAAAAACACAGGAAAAACGGGAAAAUCGAUAUAAUAUUAAACAAAUAUUAUUAAAGAAAAUAUAUAAUGCCUAUUUAAUUAUUUUACCAUAAUAUGACAUAUAUAUUGUUGACAAAGCAUCACUUAUAACUGAAUUGCGCUCAGAACCUUUUUUUGUUAGCAAUGGUUUAUCGUUGCUUAUAGAUAUACAUUAAAUUACCUAUAACAGUGGAUUCACCCGUCUCCAUUAUCAUACAACAUCUUUUUUAAGAAUGUACAGUACUAUGCACUCUUAACUAUUACUUUGAAAAUAAUGAUAACAGUCAGCCUCAUUGUAGUCUGUUACUAGGUGCAUUAUUAUUGUUAUUAUUACUUCAACUGAUGUUAUUGCUAUUCAUAUAUAAUAUAUAUGAACAUAUUAUGUAAAAUGUAAGUAUUGAUUUUUAAGAGUCUAUAUCAUAAACUAGUUAUUUGUAUUCCAUAAAAUGGACUCAAUCGUUCAUAUCUUGUAGACCACUAGCACCCAUAGGUAAUCUUUCUUCUCUUCAUAAUUAAAUUGUUAGUAUCAUUGAUUCCCCAACAAGUCUCUAGUUUAUUAAUUUUAAAAUUCCUUCUCACUAUCCAUACACCCGUACUUAUUCCUUAUUUUACAUCAACUCUCAGUAAAAUGAGCUAAUAAUCGUCUCAUAAAGUCAAUUAUGAGACUAUUCUCGUUUGUUUUAAUUCUAUAUUAUUGGCUCCCUCUGUAACUUGUUCUAACUGAUUUGGAUUAAGUUUAUUAUUUUUAAUGUAUAUUAUUCUACAUAGGCGAAAGCCCGUUACAUCAUAAUAAAAUAAAAUAAUGACUAACAAGUUUUGACCAUAAUAUUAUUUUAUUUUCAAACUUUUAAAAUAUUAGUAGUCCAUAUUACUCAUUAAUUUGUUUUAAACGAAUUUAACACACUAUCCAUUUUCUUUAUAAUAUUUACUAGAGGCAUCAUUCGUUGGUUUUCAUUUUCUUUUGCUUUUGUUUUGUCUAAAUAUCCAUAGGCUGUUGUUUGGUAAUUUAUUUUUCUAAAUACUUUUUGUUUAUGCUCUAUUGGAAUUAAAAAUCGUAAACCAAUAUCUUUUUCGUUCUCCCUGUAAUAAUAUCUAAAUUGUAAUUUGUAUAAUAAUUAGAUUGGCACCUACAUAAAAAAGGUUACUCCACCUAUAUUUACUUUUUAUAUUGAGCAACGUAAACUGGAGAAUUUUUAUUGAGAGUAUAGACUCCAAAUACAAUGAUAUGAUCAUGAGGGUGGUAAUCUACCCCGCCACUAGUAGCUGUUAUUAAGUUUUGUCGAUUUAUAUAAAAUGCUAUUUGUUUAGCAGUAUAUGCCUCCCAAACAUUGACAAGACCAUCUUCACCACAACCAAAUACAAGGUUACCACAUGGACUUAAUACACAACCUGUUUGUACUUUGUUGUUUACCCCACCCUGUAAAGUUAUAAUGUUUUAUUUUCUUAAACAGCAUAUUCAAUAAAUCUAAUUAUAAUUUAUGCAACUUUUGAACAUUUAAAACUCACCCUAAACCAUUGUAUAAUUGCCGUUGUAUGUAAAUCCAUCAUACGUAAAACACUAUCUCUGGUCUGAAUUAAUAACCUUUUACCAGCUGGAUGUAAAAUUAUAUUGCUAAUUAUUACUUGUCGUAUUUCUGGUACUGAAAUAAUUCUUUUAACUUCUAACCUAAAAUUAUGAACAUUAUGUUCAUACAUAAUAACAUUUAAUUUUAUAGAUGCUGUACAUAUUUCAUUAUAAUUCAUCAAUUUAAUUAAUUGGUAUACUCUUAUUCAUUGUUUAUUAUAGGAUAGGUACCUGUUAUUUAUGAGUGUCCAUUCUAUAAUUAAUCCAUGGCUAUCAGCUGAAAGUACUACAUUUUCUAAAUUAGCAAUACUAGAUAUAAAACCUUUAUGCAAUUCCAUUUCUUGACACAGAGUCCAUUUAUUGAAAUUGGAAGUCCAUAAUCGUAAUAUACUAUCAUAACACCCAGUUAUUAUAACAGCAUUAUUAUAUUCAGCACAAUAUACAUAUGAUGGGUGUGGAAGAAUCUAAACAUAAUUACAUUAUACAUGUAUUUUGCAUUAUUAAUGCACUUAAAUUCUUAGGUACUUGGAAGUCUGUUUGAUUAUACGUCUUUAGCAUCCAAACACACGCCGUAUAAUCUGAGGAAGUUGUUAAUAAAUUAUUAUUAUCAGAGCUCCACCUUAAUGUAUAUACUAAACCUGUAUAGAAAUAUUAAUUUAUUGUAAAACAUAUAAUAUAAAAAGGUUCAUUUUUUAGGUCAAUAGCUUGAAAAAAAAAAUAAUAAUGAAAAUUUAAAAUAAAACAAGUAAAAUAUGUUAAAAUGUUAAUAACUUACAUUAUAAAGAUAUAUAAAUUUAUUUUAGUUUUAAAAUUUACAUUUGUUUUAUAAAAUGUAUGAUCACCAUAACACCAUGACAUAUAAAUUACUGACCUUGAUGACCUAUUAACUGUUUAAGUAAUUUAUAUUCUGGUACUGAAUAGAUAUUUAUAUUUUUUCCAGUAGCUACAGCUAACUUUAAUCCAUCAUAACUAAACUUCAAACACAUACAUCCUUCUAAAUUUGGUUGAAGUUUUACUACUUCAGAGUUCGGUAUUUUACAUUUUUGACCAGGAAAACGUUUCCACUUAAUAUUAUAUUCCUAAAAACAUUAAGAUUAUAAAAUAUAGAUAGUAAUAAUAUAUUGUGUUUAGUACCUACUUAAUCUAUGCAUGUAUAUUUUUUUAUUGUUUUUAUAAUAUUAUUUAGGAAACUUAAUUAAUAAAUUGAUUAUUUAUCCCUAGGUACUAAACAUUUUAUCAUAGAGACUUUAAUAUUAUUAACACAAACUUUUAAUUUUGAAAUAGCAACCUAUAUUAUUUAACGUAUUUGAAAACCGAAAAUGUUGAUACCUAUACAUUCAUUUAACUUUAACAAUAAGUUAUCGAUUAGGUUAGCGAUUAUAAACUUAAAAAUAAAAUCAUGCUUCGUUAUAAAAUCUUUUGUACACUACCCAAUUUUAUCUCCUGUUUUUCUACCAUAGUUUAAAUUGUUUUAGAUUCUGAGUCUGGAUUUAAAAAUAAAAAAAAUAAUCAUACCUUAUAAGCUUCUGGACUUGAACAAACUGAAUUAGAACUAAUUUCAUUGUGUGAAUAACUUUUGGUUGACAUUAGCUCUUGUCUAUUGCAAUCACAUACAGCAUCUAAUUCAGAAUAUAUUGCUCUAUUUAAAUUAAUAUAAAGAGUACUUGGAUAUUUUUUUAAAAUUCCUUUUUUAAACCAAUGCAUUACCUAAAAGCAUAAUAAUAAUAAUUAUUAACAAGGUGCUUAAAUCUACUGUUUCAAUUUAUCUCCUUGCUAACAUAAAAAUGAUUAUAUUAUUAAUACCAUUGGUUGAGUUGAAUGAAGAUUCUUUGGUUUUGGUCCAGGUUUAAAUAAUUGCAGUCUAAUUUGUUUUUCCGUAUUUGUAUUUCCAUUUGAACCAAUUGGCUUUAUAAAUGCCCAAGCAAUUCUAUGCCAAUCCCCUACUGUUACUGAAGGUCGAAUACUUCCAGUAAAAUCUACGAGCUCAAAUAAGAUUACUGUAUUUUCUGUUAUUAUAUGAGUAAAUUGUUCAUUAAAAACCAAUUUUUCAUUCCAAUUUGGUAUUAUUGUUCUAAAUAUUUAUUUUAAAUUAGUCAGAUAGGUGAAUAAAAUAAUAAUGUUAAUAAAUAAAAUACUUAUGCAAUUUGAAAUCGAAUUCCUUUGUUAUAAUUGGAUCAAUAAAAGCGUUUUCAUUGUUAGUUAAAUCUGCAUUAUUUUUUCUUAAAUAUUCCCAUGUAGAUGUAUUGAUAAUAUAGAUUAUAACACUAGGAUGUCUUAUUCUUGUAUCUACUUUUAAUACAUCUGUUCGAUAAAUACAAAUUUGUAGUUUAUAAUUUUCACUUUCAUCUAAAUAUAUAUUGAAAUAAUUAACAAUUAUUUAAUUCAUAAAAAAAAAAAAACAUAAAUAAUUCUAAAACCAAAAAAAAUACCUAAUACCUUUUGCUUCUUUAUUUAAAAUAUUUGGAUCAACCUCAUUAUUUACUGUAGAUAAUUCCAUGUUGUUUGUGUCAUUGUUUUCUUCAAGUUUUUUUCUAAUAAAAUAUAAAUGUAUACAAAUAUAAGAAAUAAAUAAUAUAUUACACAUUUUAAUUUUGAUGUUUAGUUAUUAUUGAUUGAUUUAUUUUAAAUUAUAAAUCUUAACAUUUAUUUAUCAAGAUUUAUUAUUUAUUUAUUUGUUAUGUAUAUAACAAAGAAUAAAUUAAAAUUAAAAUAUUUUAAUUAUACAUAAAUGAUAAAUAAUUUUAGAACUAAAAUAUUUACCAUAUCUACUAACAAUAAUAAACAAACGGACAUACUUCGCAUGACGGGUGGACCACUAUUGUAGGUGAGAAUUUGGAAAGGUAGAAUAUAGAAGGAAAUUUAAUUUAUAUCCGAAUGCAACGAUAAACUAUUGCCAACGAAAAAUAAUUCGGAGCAAAGGUUGUUUAGAAGGACUAAAUCGUAUAUUUAUGAUUUUUGUUAAAAUUUGAUAUAAAAAUUCUUAAACAAAAAAUAACAAAACUACAUUACCCUUAACUUUUUUAAUAUUCACCAAGUACAAUUUAUACAAAAACUUCCUACUAAAUUUCUUGUUUCUGUUUGGAUCUGCAGAGUUCCUACUAAAUAAAGAUUACAUAAAAAACUAGCACAAUUUAAAUGCCUAUAAAUAGCUCAAAAAUGACUCGAAUAUUUUUAAAAUUCUACCACGUUUAAAAAAGGCUUUCACCAAAUCACUUUUAUUAAUCAAUUCGUAUUUAUUUUACAAUGAUGGUUAUUUCAUUGUUUGUUUAAUUAUUUAUUUUUUUUAUCAGUGAACAAUUUUUCUACCAAUAAUUGAUCCGAUUUUCAAAUGUAGUUCCUUUUCUGAAAGUAAAUUGUGUAGGGGUGGCUUUUUAGGAAGGUUAUUUUUAGAUUUUCCAAGCGGUUUUCAUAAAAAUUGGGAAGAAAAGCAAGAAAAACAUGAAAACUUUCAAAAGAAACUUUACUCUGAAUCGUUUUUCGUAAACAAUAGUUUAUUAUUGCGUACAGAUAUAAAUUAAAUUUCCUUCCAUAUCCUACCUUCCCUACUUUCCAAAUAGUGUCCUAACCAUAGUCCGAAGUAAGUAGUAAGUUCUUUUUUUUUUUUUUUGCUUAUCGCCAAAAUAUUGAUGUGGAGCGCCAAAAGCAUGUAAAUACGCCUCUGAAUAGAUAUUUUCUACAGUUAAUGUAGUUAGGUAUUUAAAUUUUAAUGCUUUGUAUUUUAUAACAUUUUAAUAGUUGGUACCUUCCUAAAAUUGAAUAAAUUAUAUUAUAGUUUCUGAUAGAAACUAAAUUGGUCCAAUAGUACAUGUAACCAGUUCCUCAAAUUUAUUUGAAUGGUGAGCAGUGGAGAAUCCGUGUAACCAUCACUACCUUACUAGUUACUGUUGUUUAAAAAACCCUAGUCUAAUCCUAAAUAUAAAAAUGAAGAUAAUACUUAAACACUUUUUCUAGUUUCUAGUAUACAUAUACUAGAUAUACAUGAAUACUAAUAGAUAUCUAUUUUUUUCUGCUUCUUCUCCUUCAAGUUCAUCUCAUAUAUUUAGGGUCGGCUACCCUCAUUCUAAAAUUCCACAUUACUUUCGUAUAUACCAACCGUCUUCAUAUUAAAUUGUGAUGUUUAUUUACAUUACCUAUCAUUCUUAAGACCUCCGAUUUCUCUCUCCUCAACACAUGCCCGAACAUCUCAGUCUAUUUUCUCUCAUUAUCUUCUCUCAUCACUCCACCUACCUACCUAAAAAUGUUCAUCUUCACUAGGUACCUACACUCAUUUACUGCAGGUCUACGUAUGUCUCUACAACCCAACACUAUGAACCAUAAAACAUAGUCGGUUUCACUACACUCUAGUAGAACUUACAUUUAAGUCUCAUCGUAAUUCUCUUGUCAAAUAAAACACAUACCUAAUUCUUCUCUCCACUUGAUCUAACCAUACUUAAUCCUAUGUUUGACAUCAUCGUAAAAACCACCAUUCUUUUGUACAAAAAACCAAAGCUACUUAAAACCUACUAUCUAUUUUUUUCUUUCUCAGUAAAAAAAAAAUUAUUUAUAAAUAUUGCAUACAUAUAUAAAUAUUUUAUUAAUUAUUUUAUACUAUACUUUAAUAAUUUUAUUCUUGUUGAACUAUCAGUAAUUUCGCUAUCACUUAAUUCAAUUGAAACACUUUCUGGCGUUACCGAUCUACUGUUUUGUAUACUGCUCUUGGUUGAUAUUGGACUGCUAACAGAUAUACUUCUUAUACUAUAAUCAGACGUACUCCCAGAUCUUUUACUUGUUGUUGAACGAGGACGAGGAACAGGUACAUUACCUGUUGAAUAAAAAAACCAAAAUAUUAUAUCGUUUUAUAGUAAACAGGGUUUUCUUCAGUGUUAUCCUCAGGCUAAUAAUUUUCUCAAUAUUAAUUUUGUUUUACAUUUUUAUUAUCAGAUUUUGUGCGAAGGGAAAAAAUGUGUAGAGAAAAAUUAAAUUUUUUUUUUAUCACUUUUCAAAAUUUUCAAAAGAGUCAUUCUAAAAAAGAUAUUAUUCUAAACAUUUUAGUGUAACAUACAUUCAUAUCCAAUCAAUAGUUUCUUAUAAUGGACGUUUUAAUUUAUAGAAAAUUAGCGUGAAAACAAUUUAUUUUCAAUAGAAUAUUACGUUACACAAUAAGGAAUCACAAUCAGCACAGUAAUUUUUUAUUUUCUAUUGAAUAUUAAUUGUUUUAUAUAUUUUUACGCACAUUUUUCAUACAUUAAACCCACUAUAACUAAGAAACUAUUAAUCAUAUAUGAAUGUAUGAUACAUUACAAUUUUUAGAAAAAAUUAUUUUACAAAAUGACUGACUAUUUUAAAGAUUUUAAAAAGUGGAAAAUAAAGUUAUUUUUCAUCUAUGAUGAAUAAGAGAUGAAAAAAAAAAUUUAUUUUUAACUAUAUAUGUGUUCCUAUAUUAUUGCUAAAAUCAAAUAUUGAUCGUGUAUGGGGGCCUUAAGGAUCACACUGUAGGACACGUAUAGUAUACAAAUAAUAUUCCAAAUUACUUUUCAUUUUUUGACCAUUUUGUGAUCGUGGUGAUGAAGUAUGACUCAAAGAUGAUGAUACUGAGCCAUCCCUAUACCAAAUUACGCAAUUCAUCUUAUAAAUUUAAAUAAUAAAAAAAACAUAAUAGUAGGUACUUACUUCAAUAGUUCAAUAUUUUUAUUAUCUGUAAAUAUCAUUGCCUAAAAUAAUUUAAUUUAUAAAUUAUUUCCUAAAUUAUUACAUACGUUCAAUACCUAUAGCAAUAAUGAAAAUUGUAACUGAAAUUGUAUUUUACAUUUUGUAAUAGUAACAUUUUAAAUUGUAUUAAUUUGAAUAGACUGAAGUUUAUAAAUUGUCAAAAAUGCUCCAAAAUUUUAACUUCAAUAGUAUAACUUAUAAGAUGCAGAUUUUCUGCAUAGUUAAACAUUUUUUGAAAUUUUUUUCUAGAUUCUAAACAUUCCUACUAAUAUAGGUUUUUAAAUUUGAAUAUUAUUGAUUUCCUUAACACAAUUUUGUACUUUACAAAAAUAAAAAAAUAAAUACCUCUCAUUACAACUGGAAGAAAAUUCUGUAUUCUGAAUAUCAGUAAUAUUUAAUAAUUUACUUUUUCUUGGUUUUAUUUCUGGUGGUUUCUGAAAAGUCAAUAAUGCAAAAUGUAUUUUUAAUCUUAACUUAAGAUAUCAUAGUUAAAUCUUAAUUUUUAUUAUAGUAAUAAUGGGUCCUACAUACUAUGUAUGUCAGGUACUACUACCCAUACUAUAUUGUGGUAUUUAAUGGCAAAUACCUAUAUGUAUAAUACUACCAUUCUCAAAAUCUGAGAAAGAGGUUGGCUAUUUAUGAUAAAACUAUUAGUUAAAAACCAAUAAAAUGGUUUUUAGAUUCUGAAUGGAGCGAAGAAGCCUAUGGUUUUUAUCAUAUAAAAUUAUUACUUUUUUUUUUUAAUAUAUAUUUCAUAAAUAACUUCAAAAAUAAAUAUUUUAAACCUUAAUAUUUAAGAGAAAAAAAAAAUAAAUUAAUACAAAUAUUGACAUGGUAUUACUUUUAUAAACACAACAUUACUGAUAUUUUAUUAUGUUGUUCUUUGUGAAGUAAUUCUAGAUGUCUUCCAAUUACUCAUAAAUUUAUAUAAUGGUAUUAUUAUAUACUUUUAAUAAUUAUAGAUAACCACUGUACACAAUGUAUUACUUACCUUUCUAAUUAUAACUUUAUAAAUGCAUAAUUUUAUUCCAUACAGAGUAAAACAAAUUAUUAGUAUUAAAGUUAAUUUAUUACAGAUAAAAUAAAAUAAAAUUACAUUUGUAGUAUUAUAUUAAGUAUCUACAUAUAUAAUACAUAUAAUGCAUAUAUAUAUCUUUUUUGCCUAUUUUAAAAUUUCCUUCAGGACAACCGCCUAUCUCGUGUCGUAGUUUGAGACCAUAGGGGAGGCACACUAUGUUUUAAUAUUUAAUAAUUAAUAAUUGAUUGGAAUUAAUGAAAAUAGUGUGCAAACAACUACACAUUGUUUCAGAGCGGUUAAACGAGAUGAAUGAGUGGGACAUAUCCCCCCCCCCCAUUAAGUCAUUUUUCUUAAACAUUUAUUUUAAAGUAUAGGGUGAUUUUUGAUUUAUUUUAAUAUCUGUAAGCAAUGAUAAACCACUAAUAACAAAAAACAAUUUUGAACGAAAUUUUGAUACAUAGUUUGAAUGGCCAUACUAAACAGGAUUUUUAUUAAAAUUUGAUCUAAAAACCAUUGUGAAAAAAAAAAUUUUAAUUUACCACUAAGUAAAACUUAUAAUAAACCUCCAAUUAAAAUGUCAAGUAUUUAUGUUCAGUCAAACAAUUAUAUUUGCAUAGUAAACCAAAUAAAAAACUCACAAGAUGAAAAUGUCUACAAAGAGCAUAAAACACUCCAAAAAUAUUUGAAUAUUUUAAGACUUCUAGAAAAGGUAAAUAUAAGUUAUCUGUCAAAAUUUGAAGUCUGUUCGUACUAAUAUUUUUAACUGAAUUACAACAAAAAAAAAAAUGUUUAGUUAUUUUCAUACAUUUUCCCGUUCUUUUUACGUUUUCUUCUGAUUUUUCCCAAUUAUUAUGGAAACUGCUUGGAAAAUCAAAAAAUGACUUUUUUUAUGCACCAACUAGAUUCAAAACAAAAACAAAAAAAUUCUAUUGUCGUUUUUAAAUUUAAGCAAGUUUUCUGUUCGAAAAGUUGUUCACAGACAGAAAAAAAACACAUCAUAGUAAAACCAAUAGAUCACUAGCGAGCUCGUUCCGCUACGAAUCCAAAAUAAAAUUUAAUAAUAAAAUAACCUUACGAACAUACAUCAUAAUAUUUACCUUUGGAUUAUAAUUAUAUACGUUCCGUAUGUUGUACAAUAUUGUACACAAUUAUAUAAUAUUAUAUUAUAAUAUAUUUAUGGUCUAUACUGUACAGUUACAUCAUAUUAUAAUAAGUAAGUAUAUACAUAUAUAUUUUUUUCAUUUGUUUUAUACAAUCUAUACAUUAUUGCAAUAAUUCAGUAUAAUAAACUUCAUAUGAAUAAGUGAUAGGUAAGUAGUUCAAAAGUCCGCCAACUCAUGACAUUGUGACAAACCAUAGAAUAUAGAUCAAAUUUAAAUCACAAGAAUAACAUUUUUUAUCAAAGAUUAAACUGAAAAAUGUUAUAGCUAUUUAACAAAACAAUUUUUGAUAAAUCUAAAAUCAUUAGAUACAUUUCAAAAAUACAUAAUUAUUUUGAACGAUGGAUAUAUGCAGUGUACCUUAUUUAUGUAUUUUUUAAUGAGGGCUUUUUUUAAGCGCAGUUAUAGAUAGAGGGGCUAAGUCCUCCCCAUUUUAACCUCUACUAUUAAGUAAACAUAUUAUAUCUACCUGGCUACCUAGUAUUUAGUAGGUAGGUAGGACAGAAUACCCUAUUAUAGAAAUUUUGAAAUAUUACAAUUGAUUAAUUAACAAUAUUAUAAAAUUAUAAACCAUUUGAUUAACUUUAAAUAAAUUGUAUUUUUAAACAAAACAAUGUACCUACUAUGCUGUAUUUUAUUUGUUAGCGAAAUUAGAUACCUACUUAAGUAUGCUUAAUAUAAUAUUAAGUUAAAUUUAAAUUUAUCUUAUCACAGAUAUAAUAUUGUAUGAGUAUAAAUUCAAACUUACUUUAAUUAAAUUCUCUUGAGAAUCUGAAAUAGAGCUAUUAUAUAAAUUACAAUUUAAUUCGGUAAGCUCAAUCAUUGAAUCCAUAUUUUUAUUGUUUUAAGUAUAAUUUUUAACACUUUUUUUAUGUUAUUUAUAUGUACUUCUUGACUAUCAAAUCAAUGACCAAAUAGUAAACAAUAACAAUAACACUUAUAGGUGUCUAUUGAAUAGUAUGCAGAUACCUUUUAUUUGUUGGUAGAGGAUGUAACCAUAGGAACCAAUGAAAUUGUUUACUUUUUUGUAAUACACACCUCCUUACUAAUGUAAUAAUAAAAAAAAUACUAUUAAACCAUAAACAUUGUAUCUUUUAAAAUACAUAGUUAUAUUUUAUUGAUACAAAAAGUUUUAAAAUUAUGUUCUUAAUAGAUUGAUACAGGUCGGUUAGUUCUACUGUAGUGUUCUAUAGUAGUUCAUCUACGUGUUAGUUACCUACCUACCGAGUUAUAGAUUACCUAUUUCUGCUACCUAAUGGCUAUGAGGUACCUAUUUAUUUAGGAUUUAUUUUUUAGUCAGUGCUUAACCUACUUCUCAUUAACAUCAAAUUUAUUUUAUGUAUUAUUAUAAUCACACAUUUUGCAUUAGUUAUAUUAUAAUAUAACUUAAUAUUUAAAUUUGGUCGUACUAAAAUAGAAAUACCUACCUAGUUGAAAUAUUAACUUCAUUGUCAAUAGGUAGGUAAUAUGUAUCGCCUCUAUACCAGAAUUAGUGAAUUGGAAAAUAAGAUAGGUAAAUCAUCUACCUAGGGUAAUCGGAAAAAAACGGUAAAUGUACAAUUUCCCCCGUCUAUUUUCGUUGAAGUAGGAUAGUUUAUUAUGCAAAUUUUUUGCCCUAUAUUUAUAAUUAUCGAUGUACAUUUUAAUCAUAGAUAUUUAAUAACAAUCUAGAUAACAUAACAUAACAUAAUAGAUCAUUUAAUAAUAAAAAAUAGCAAUAUUAUAUCAAUUAAUAAUAUUAUGCGGGGUUAAUGUCGAUUGAUCACUUAGCGUAGGCAAGAUGUUACAAUGUUACGUUACUUGCAUAGAUAAUAAAUAUUUACUAUUCUUUAAGAAUAAAUCUUUAUUAUCUAUGGUUACAUAUUGUAAGAUUGUUAUCACUGUUGUUAGCAUUAUGCUAAACUGCAAAAUUCCAUUUUGUUGUUGGUAUGUCAUUGUAAAUUGACAUGAUAUAAUAUUAUAUUAUAUCAAUGGUAUUUCAUCAGUUGUUGGCAUAAAACAAAAUUGUUGGUUAAGUUGUUUACUGUUGGUUUACAGCCAUAGACCUUAUAUUAGGUCUACAAGGUCUGUUUUAAAUACAGUGGCGUAUUUAGGAUUUUUUAAUGGAGGGGAGGGGCUUGACUAAAAAAUAUUGGUUGAAGAAAAAGUAUAAGGUAUCCAUUUCUUUAUUAUCUAUGAGCACUAUAUGUCGAAUUCGCUGAAACCAAUCUUGAUAAAUAAUACUAACGUUUUAUUAAUUAUCAAAUUACUUAUCAGAAUUACCACUUUUUCGAUAACAGAAUUAUUCCUAUUUGUAUUAUGCAAAGACCCGAUAAUAUAUGUUUAUAGGUCUACGAUAUUAUGUUUUCUGUUUUCGUAAUCAAAUUUUUUUGUUUUAUAAAAUUUGUAAAAACAUUUUCCACCCUUGAUUAAAAGUAAUAAUAGAGACUUGACAUUUUCAAUAAUUUUAAUAUAUAAAUUAAUCCUUUUUAGACGUAAACUGUACACUAUCAUAAAUGAUUAUGGAUAGAAAUAAUUUUUUUCACUUAAUACUCCAAUCAAUAGUUCAAACUGUAUUUUAUCACUUGGAAUGAUAGUGUAUCAUUAUUUAGUUAUCAGUAUUCAAAUCGUGUUUUUCUGUUCUUUAUAUAUUUUUAAUAAAUACAAUUACAUAAUUCUGAACUUUAUAUACAAUAUUUUUAUAUUUUAAAUAAUAUUAGUUUGUAUCUACCAUAUAUACUUACUUCAAUACAAUAUAUCAAUUUUAUAAUAAUGUAUGUAUUGUAAUUAUUACCAUUAAGAUUUAAAAUUGCUUCUUUGUACUAAAUUAUACAGUUCAUAUUAAACUAGUAUUAUAAUCAUGCAAUAUUUUAUGUUAAUAUUAGUUUCCUUAUUUAAUUUUAAUCAUAACUAUUUUUAGUUUCAGAUAAAUAAUGCAGUCGUUCUUUAACUCUCUUAAAUUAUCAUAUUCUAAAAUUAACAUCCAACCAGUUAGACACCGUUAUUGGAAAGAUCAACAAGGUGCUAGACCACUAAUUCGACGAUAUGGUUAUAAAGAUGAUAAAAUACUACAAUCAGGACUAUUGCCACGGUCAGCUAAUGAACAAAAUAAACUACCUAUGCCAAUUUACAGACCUAAGGAUGUUUGGAAUGAGCGAAGAGCUCUUUUUGGUCAAAAUGAUUAUAUUGAUAUUUUAGGAAAUGAUUAUGUGCAUCCUGUCCGAGUACUUUAUAAUGUACCAUCCUGGUUAAGAGGUGUAAAGGGCAAUGAAUUCCAAGUAUUAUUAAGAAAAAAGAAGAUGUUGCAACAUGGAGUGUACCCUGUGGCUAGACCAACCAAAUGGAAGCAAAUGCAAAAAAGAAUAAAAUUUUUAUACACUUUCUUAAAUAGAAAAACUAGAACUGGAAUGGAACAGUAAUAGUUAAGUUAAAAAUGUAUAAAAAAUUAGUGUUAAAAAUAAUUUGUUUUGUAAAAAAAAAAUAAAAAAACAAGCAAUACAAUUUUAGUUAUUCAAAUUGGUAUUAAUUGAUUUAUAUAUUAUAAUUUUUGACAAUAUUGACAUA